AUGUCAUUCCACAAGUUAUUUUCUUCAAAUAAUCGCUCCACGAGGAGAGAGCUCUUCUCUGGCAGCGGUCUGUUGUACGUUAAAAGCGAUGACUGCUUCGUGCCCAUUAUUGAAGGAAAACGAAUGGGAUCGUUCUCUUUAAUUCUCUAUGAAAAUAGAAGUGAACAAUUGCCAUACAGUUUUGUACUUGUGGACGAAGAGGAGGGCGAGGUGUUGAAGCAGUCCCUCGGAAGUGGUUUGUCGCUCGCACACUGCUAUCGCGAGUGCUCGGUGCACUGGCUAUCUUUAGUGGACGGCACCUUUCAAAACCUUGCAUUCAAGUUUGUUGAUCUUGAAAGCGGUGGGUCCGGGGAAAUUGUAACUAGAAAAUUCGUGGAAAUGUAUAAUCGUUGCACGUACUCGAUGCUGACGCAAACACCCCUCGAUGUAUCUACAGCCCAGGACCCAAUAUAUGAAUAUAUCGGCCAAACCUCAACGUAUGUUGCUCCAGAGGAUGAUUACAGUGAACCGACUUAUCAUCUUGAUCUGGAUAGAGAGCGCGUGAAGGCAACAGGAUCUGGUAACGUGUGCUACAGUGAGUCCAUGAAACACAAUCGGAUUGUGGUUGUUCGAGAGACCCAAAAUGAAGUUCAGCUUCAAGCCCAUUCUUAUGACGCCAAUGGCUUUGAGGGGAGGAAGCCGGAGACCAUCGACCUUAAGAGUGUCCAAACCUGCGACGGUGCACUGAUUGACGAUUUAGAAAGGAAGCUCCUCCUUUUUAGCGUGGAGGACAGCCAUUUGCGCGAGGUGGAUUUGGAGCGGGGGGAGGUGGUUCAGCAGUUCAGAACUCCGGUGAACUUGCAACGUGUGACGUAUAGCGAACAUGUUGCGCGGCCCGAGCCGAUAUAUACUUGUCUUGCGAAGGAUGUCGCCUUCAACGUUGAUCUUCGUAUUGAUCCAAGGAAGAACAUCAUUGUUGAAGACGGAAUGUCACUGGCUGAUUAUAAACUGGGGUCUCUACGGAAACCCUUCACAUGCCACGCUACCUCGGCUAACGGUUAUCUCGUUAUUGGUGACGGCACUGGAAGUGUCCGACUUUACACGGGACCUCCGGGGAGUCGCCGCAAAGAUGGUAGCCACAAUCCCAAGACGGCAAAAACUCUACUCGAGACGAAAGUGCCUAUUGUCGAUAUAGAUGUGACCGCUAAUGGUCAGUAUGUUGUGGCGGUAUGUGAGAAGUUCCUGUUACUCAUGCGAACGGCGUGCGGGAAUAAUGGAGAAAAGAACGGCUUUACUUCACGUAUGGGUCAAGAUAAACCUUCCCCGCUGAGGCUGCAGCCAACUCCCGCACAACUUAGUGCACUGGGUGGAAUCGAAGCACUAAAGUUCACUUCUGGCGGAUUUGAUCGCUAUGAGGGAAACGGAGAGGUUUGUAUCACUGCCUGCAGUGGAGCAUACCUUUUUACAUGGAGUUUGGAGGCCGCUAAGCGUGCAGAGGAAACCGGUCGCACAUGCCUAUCGCAAGCUGCCGCGGUACAACAAGAGGUAAUCAAUGCAGGGGCAAAGAUAGCAAACAGGAUUGUGUACCAAACAGACAAGGAUAUUCGCAUGGCACCUCUCGUACGGGAAGAAUUUAGAGAAACGGGGUUAAGGCAUUUUGGUUGGCGGUCGACGAGUGAAUAG